CUGUCAGUUUCGACAAUUUGUUGGAAAAAAUUUUUAAGUACGUUUGUCGUGAAUUUUCUAAUUGUUUGUUUUCUAUUAUUACACACGCAAAGUAAGCAAUAAGACCCAUUAAAAAAUAGUGCGUUCCCUUCCACGUGUGCAUCGUUCCCCUGCGAACAGUAGCGAAACAGGAAAGGAUAAACAGAGUGAAAGCAAACUCUUAAUAUAAAUUUAUCAAGCGAUAGAGUAUAUAAAAGUUAACACAGACACCGCAAACAUGUCCAGCCUCCCACGUCGCAUCAUCAAGGAAACCCAACGCUUGAUGCAAGAGCCUGUGCCAGGUAUUAAUGCCAUUCCUGACGAGAACAAUGCACGCUACUUUCAUGUCAUCGUAACCGGUCCAAAUGAUUCACCAUUCGAGGGUGGCGUAUUUAAGCUUGAACUCUUCUUGCCGGAAGACUACCCCAUGUCGGCACCAAAAGUACGCUUCAUAACUAAAAUCUACCAUCCGAAUAUUGAUCGCUUGGGACGCAUUUGCUUGGAUGUGCUAAAGGACAAAUGGAGUCCUGCCUUGCAAAUUCGUACAAUUUUACUUUCGAUUCAGGCGCUCUUGAGUGCACCCAAUCCAGAUGAUCCACUAGCCAACGAUGUUGCCGAGUUGUGGAAGGUGAACGAGGCUGAGGCCAUAAGAAAUGCACGUGAGUGGACUCAGAAAUACGCCGUUGAAGACUGAAGUGCAAAAAUGUGUGUAGCAGAAGACGAACGAUGCACGUGGUGGAGCUGCCAAGUGGCCGUGGGGUAGGGUAUACGAGGGGAAAACACACGUGAAUGCAACGGCUUUUUGUUGGUUGAGUGGGGCGGGGGUUGAGUAGUUGUAAUGCGCGUGAAAUCGGAGCGGACUAAUAUAAUAGCAAUUAAAUAGAGUAAAUAUGCGUAAAAAAAAAAUGACGGCAAGGGUAGAACAACUAUUUUCCGGCACGCUAUUUAAAAUUUAAAAAAAUAUAUAUAUAAAAUAUAAUAUAGAUAAAAAAUUAUGUCGUAUGUCGUCUAAUGAUUUUAAAACUCUAUUACGCAAACAAACACUGCAACAAGACAAAGUUAAAAAAAAAAAAAAAAUCAAAUGCAAUUCAAUUAAAAUAAUAAACAAUUGCAGAAAAAAUAAUAAUUGAAAUAUAAAAUUGCUAUAAGUACAUACAAGAACAACAAAUAUUUAUGUAUCUACUCUACUACACACUUUAAUACAAGCUAAAUGAUACGAUAAUAGUUUAAAUAGAAUAAACAAACAAACAAAAAAAUGCUAAAUCACUUGUAAGAAGAUGCAACAACAACAAUAACUAUGCGAUAUUUGAUUUCCAUUUUUACAUACUGGUCUACAUUCAGCUGCUGGGCAUCGGCUGAGCAAUGAGCUGGCAUAGGCAAAAGAGUUGACCAAGCAGAAUGCCGGUUGCUGCUUGCCGCCUGCCGCCUGCUGGUUGUUGUUUGCUGGUUACUUGAAGUCUUCGCGCUGCGAAGAAGUGUUGCACGUUGAAUGCGCUAGCUGGCUGCCGUUGUGUACUAUUUCUCUACCAAUAAUUCGUUUAGCAGCCUAUUUUGUAAUUUUUUUGUGUUUCUCUUUUGUGUACUGUAUUCUAGAUUCUUAACCACACCACCACGCAUGUAAGCAAGCCGCAUGUAAACGUUGUAUGCAUUCUGCGAUAAGGAAGUUGCUAUUAUAAUAUUAAAGAAAGAAAAACAAUGGAAAAAUAUAAAUCAUUUAUAGUUACACUUCAGACACUGACUUUACGUUUAAUAAUGUAUGUAUGUUUCCUUAUUAUUUCCACUGUAAUUAUUAGAAUUAUUACAAAAAUAUUGAAUAAUGGGUAUGCAUAUAAAAAGUUUGUGGCAUUUCGUGCACUCCGCUAACUACAAACCUUUACAUUGGCUCAUAGCCAAUUGGAAAAACUAGCGAGCAUGAGAAUUGGGAGCACUGCAUCUGGGCGGAUGUACAUGAAAUGCUUCGUUCUACAUGAAUAUUUGUAAAAAAAAAAAUACCUAUAAAAAUAAUAUUACUUGAAACAUUGAGAAUGUGCAUAAUUUUCUUUUUUUUAUUUCUUAAAGAGCUAGUUGGAAUAAACGCGAAACCUGAAUUGUAAGAUAAAAUAAA